AUGGCGGAACCUGCAAAUAAUUCGGAGGAUGACAACCUGUCAUGUAAGAUCUUGAUUAUCGGUGCCGGUAUGGCUGGAUUGUCCGCGGCAACUCAUUUAUUGAAGAAUAACGAGACGGAUUUUCUCAUCGUCGAGGCGCGCGGACGUAUUGGUGGACGAAUCAUCGCGGCGCAAGUCGGCAAUGAAAAAGUUGAGUUAGGAGCAAACUGGAUCCACGGAGUGUUAGGUAAUCCCAUGUUUGAGUUGGCGAUGGCAAAUGGUUUAAUAGACAUUGUACAUGUGCCGAAACCUCAUAAAGUGGUGGCAGCAUUGGAGGAUGGAAAACAAUUGCCAUUUCCUGUAUUACGAGAGAUCUAUGAGGCUUACGUAUGCUUUUUGAGGCGAUGCGAAGAAUAUUUUCUGAGCAUGUACAGUCCACCAGAUGGUAUAACCAGUGUUGGAGCACAUAUUGCGUUGGAAGCAGAGAUAUAUCUGUCUUCUGUACCACCUGAACAACGAAGAAUAAGACAGCUAAUCUUUGACUGUUUACUCAAAAGAGAAACUUGUGUCACGGGUUGCGACAGUAUGGACGAUGUAGAUCUUCUAGAAAUGGGCUCCUACGAUGAACUUCAAGGUGGUAAUAUUAGUCUUCCGAACGGAUAUAGCGCUAUAUUGGAACCAGUUUCGAAACAUAUACCAAAGGAGUGUAUACUUAUGAAGCAUGUUGUAACAAAGAUUAGGUGGCAGAAACAACAAUGUUGUCAAGAUGAUGUCGAUCCUACAGAAAAAUCUGAUUUUAAAUCAAAUAGCCUUAUAGAAGUACAAUGUGAAAAUGGAAAGACGAUCACUGCGGAGCACAUAGUAUGUACGUUACCAUUAGGCGUUUUAAAAAGGACAGCUAAGGAUUUGUUCGAACCGUCGUUGCCCACAUACAAAUUGGAAGCAAUAAACAGACUAAUGUUCGGUACAGUGAAUAAGAUAUUUCUCGAAUACGAACGGCCUUUUUUAAAUCCUGGUGUAUCGGAAGUGAUGCUCCUUUGGGAUGACGAUCGAUUAUCUGAAGCAGAAAAACGGGAUAUUAGUAAGACCUGGUUUAGGAAGAUAUAUUCGUUUAUUAAGAUCUCGGACACGUUGCUACUCGGUUGGAUAUCCGGUCGCGCGGCAGAAUACAUGGAAAAGCUGAGUACCACAGAAGUGUCAGAAGUGUGCACGACAAUCCUGCGGCGAUUUCUUAAUGAUCCUUUCGUACCGAUUCCGAAGAACUGUUUGCGCACCACGUGGCAAUCUCAACCAUAUACGCGAGGUUCAUACACUGCGAUGGCUGUAGGAGCGAGUCAAUUGGACAUCAGAAGUUUGGCUGAGCCGUUGGUUCAGAAGAAAACGGAAGAUAACGCAGACGAAACAGUCAAAAUUCUGGUGGCAUUUGCAGGCGAACAUACUCAUUCUUCGUUCUAUAGUACAGUACAUGGAGCAUAUUUAACUGGUCGAACAGCGGCUGAAUUACUCUUGGGUACCAAACAAAGUGAAAAGCAUGCCUUAAGUCUUAGUUGUGAGGAUACCAGCGAUCUCAGUUCGUGGAUACAAGGCAUUUCUUUAAAUUAA